UGCCCAGAGCGGCGCGGGCGGAGGAGCCGGGUGGCGGCGGCGUGCACGGGUGGUGCUUCCUCUGCGGCGCCCAUGGGGACAGGACGACUUUAAAGGAGUUUGGGGGGGUUCUGGCGCUGGGCGACCACGGAUCCGGCGAUUUCUGCCCUCGCCUCGCCCUGUCAUUGAUGGGAAAUCAACUGGAUCGCAUCACCCACCUGAAUUACAGCGAGCUGCCGACCGGAGACCCCUCGGGGAUCGAGAAGGACGAGCUGCGCGUCGGGGUGGCUUACUUCUUUUCGGAUGAGGAGGAGGACCUGGACGAGCGAGGCCAGCCAGACAAGUACGGCGUGAAAGGCUCCGGCAGCCCUGGGCAGGAGACGCCCACCCACCACCUCCACCACCAGCUGGUGCUGAACGAGACUCAGUUCUCCGCUUUCCGCGGCCAGGAAUGCAUCUUCUCCAAGGUCAGCAGCGGCCCCCAGGCUGGGGACCUCAGCGUCUACUCGGUGUCAGCCCUGCCAGCCCUCUGCAAGCCGGGGGACCUGCUGGAGCUGCUCUACCUGGGGCCGUCGGAGCACCCGCCGCCGCACUGGGCCGUGUACGUGGGCGGCGGGCAGAUCAUCCACCUGCACCAGGGGCAGAUCCGCCAGGACAGCUUGUACGAGGCGGCCGCGGGCAACGUGGGCCGGGUGGUGAAUAGCUGGUACCGCUUCCGCCCGCUGGUGGCGGAGCUGGUGGUGCAGAACGCCUGCGGGCACCUGGGCUUAAAAAGCGACGAGAUCUGCUGGACUAACUCCGAGAGCUUCGCCGCCUGGUGCCGCUUCGGGAAACGGGAGUUCAAAGCCGGGGGGGAGCUGCAGGCGGCUGCUGGCACCCAGCACCAGCAGCAGUACUAUCUCAAAAUCCACUUGGCAGAGAACAAGGUGCAUACGGUGAGGUUCCACAGCCUGGAGGAUCUAAUACGCGAGAAGCGCAGGAUCGAUGCCAGUGGCAAACUGAGGGUGAUCAAGGACCUGGCUAUAGUGGAUGGGAAAGAAUAGGGAGGAGCAGGAGUACGUGGCUAUCUUCCUUCUGCCCUGCCCGGGGAGACCAGCCUGCCGUAGAGACAGGAGGCUGCACCCUCCUUCCGUGGGACGCGACUGGAAGCAGGAUCCAUGGCAACAUUCCAAAAAAAAAAACCAGCAUUCUUUACACCCAUAGCCAGUAUUUUGUUUGGCUUUUAAUAGCAUUAAUGCUGAAAGAGCGAGAGAGAGGAAGAAAAGAGGGGGGAGGUGCAGGAAGGCUGUUCUCAGAGUAUGUGGACAAAGUCUCUCCUGUCAAUCGAUGUUGACCAUUCUAGCAACAUGCCAAUAAAAUUUCAAAUUGAAAUUUCUUUUUAAAUUUUUAUUUCAUGGCUUUAAUCCAUGAUAAGUUUUAAGCAUCUGGGACUGUGGAUGUGGAUGUAGCUAAAUAAGAUUUUAGCUAAUAUUUGCCUUGUGGCCAACCAAAAGCAUCAUUCAUACUUCUGUAACUGGGAGAGAAAGGGGGUGUUGGGGUGGAGGGUAAAUGCCUGUUUGUUUUGUUCCUCCACACUGCUGCUUCAGCCUGUAGCUGCAACUCAAAUUUUGUCCCAGUCAACUCUGGCAAGCUAUUUACUAGGAAAAAAUACUUUCAGAUUUCUGCUUGAAAUCAAUCACAUUUAAAAUAUUUGCCUUUGCUUUCUGUUUGCAGCUCUCUGCUAAAUAUCAUCAUAAUGCAUGAGCUCUUUCCACCUCUUCCUUCCUCCCACCCUCCCUGCCUGUUUUUUUUUUUUUUAAUAAUAAAAAAGUUGGUGAGCAGCUGUUUUCCUAAAACUAAAUUCAGUGGUUAAAAGGAAGUGGUGUAUUUUGGAGAACAGAGAUCCAGCCACUAGGAUUUCAUGCUUGAGCUGUGGAUUUUGUACCACUGCUUCGAUAUCUCUUCAUACACAGGUCAAUAGAAUCCUGCAAGAAACAAUUUUCAAUUCUGCAUGUUGCCUCUUUGGAACAGCAAUUUAUUGCAUAUUUGCAAUUCCACUUCAAGAAAUAGAUGUAAUGUGGCCAAGUUCAUCUUGCAUUUCAAAUUCCCAGCAACUAAAAAUUCUGUUCAGUGUAAGUUUAGAAAGCCACAGCAGCAUUUAAAAGAUGCCUUUUAAUGUGAUGUGAGCAAUGCCUUGUCUGUAUUUCAGAUCUUGUUCACUCAUUGCUUAAUUCUAAGUUUUGAAGUGAAAGAUCAGAGAAUUAAAUAUAUUUUUUAAAAAAUCUAAACAAGUAUACUGGGGCAUUUCUUUUAUUAUUCUGAGCUGCAUACAACUUGUAAUUUUGUCUUUGCAUGUUUCAGUGCUGGAAAGAAAAUGCAUUUGGUUUUGUUCUCCCCACAUCAAUGUCAGGUAACAGAAGUAAUAGCCCUCUUUUGUAUAUAUAUGAUACACUCCACCCUCUAUCAACACUCUGUGUCCCAACUCUUUUUUUUUUUUUUUUGUAUUAAACAAUGUCAUAAGCAACCUUGUUGCAACAGUGGUUUCAUUUCUGCAAAGCAUUUGCCUACUAUAGCUGAAAACGUGAGGGUGGAGUGUUCUUCAUUAUAAUAGAAAUGUUAGCAUAAAUAUCUUUAAGAAGAAGCAAACAAGAACCUGUACCACCAAAACUGCACAUCUUUGCUGAAGGUCAUCUAAUUGGCUUUGUCCUUGCUAACACAUGUGGCAAAAUUAUGUGGUAAUAGGCAGUGUUAUUUUUAUCACUUUCCCUAAAGUACCUUGCUUAGUACAAUAUAGGGUGAAAAUGCAAAUUGUAAUUACUGUAAAGUACUGCUGAAAUAGCCUCAAACCACAUCAUACUUUUUAAUAAAUGUGUAAUAUUUUAGCUUUAUGUAGGCAAUAGUGGCUGUCUGAUGAUAAGUUUUACCAUAACAUGAACAGAAUCUUCUACCUAGCAGUUGUGUAUCUUAUUGUUGUACAUUAGAUUGCCCAAAUCCUCUGUUAGAACUGAUUUCCCUGUACCACUUGGUGGGAGCACUGUGGGAUUGCAGAAAGGCAUUGGCUUUACAGCAAGGCACUUAAAAACUGAUAGGAAAGGGAAGGGUGGGCAAAAGCAAUUAAUUUGAUUUUUCCUUUAUAAAAAAUAUGCAUUAGAGACCUGAGGUUACAAGAGGCAGGGAGAAUUAAAUGAAAAGGGAAUAAGUACCAGAAUGUUUAUGAAUGAAGAAGAAUAACAUAGAUUUAUGGUGUUAUUUUUGAUUUCUGGAAUGCUUUUUCUUCAAAUUGCUGUUAGAUCAAUGGGAUUAGACAGAGGUUCCUUGGAAGAUCAUAAUUUUAUGUCCUCACUAGUGAGAAUUAAAAGCAUACUAAAUUUAAACUUUUCACUGCGCUUUCUGAAUACUCUUUCACUCUAAACCCCAUUUUAAUGGUGGAUUUUUUUGCAAUAAUUUUUUAACCUGGUUCAUAAACAUCAUGAUUUUCCUUGUCUUACCCAGCUAGAUGUAGAAUGGUAUUUUGUAGUAUAUAAAAGAAAUUACAGGAGCGAGUGUAUGCUUAUUUAUUCAAGCUCUGUCAGAGAUCUUUGGCGUUACUCUGAAUUUGUACAAAUAAAGGUACAACAAUGUAAGGCCUUAGUCCUUUGCAUAAGGACUGGAGAAAAUAUACUGGAAAUAGUAACAGCUGGUAUUGACCAAGGAUAUGGUAUUGCCAUGAAUGUUCAAGUAGCAGUCUGUAAUUAGCAACAAAGGUACCAAUACGGGAUUUUUUUGUUAUUUUUCUUUAGCUAGAUUUCAGUCCAGAGCUACUGGCAACAAUCUGGUCCUGAUUCAUAGCCUGUUGAAGUUAAUGGCUCUUGCUGACUAGUGAACUUUGCAUCAGAUUGUUAGGAGGUGGUUAAAAUUUGUGGAGCUUGAGGAAGAGUUAAGAUUUAAGAUGACUCUUUAGAGACCAGAAGAGCCACCUUUCUGAGAUGGGAGAGCAUGGACACAGGCAACACUGAGGAAAUAUGGGAAGAAAACAAACAAGUUCUGAAACAAGCAGUGUUAAACUGAGAUGGCAGAAGGGAAUCUGUUAAAAAGACUGAAUGAAAAGUGAAUAUAAAAAGUUGUUCAGUGCCUUGAAACAAGAAUUGGAAGACAGGGAGCAGUCAGCUGCAAGAAAGGCAAUGAUGCGAAUGACAGAGAGGUAAAAAAUGUAAUUGAUUGUAUUCAUCAUUCAGGAUCAGUGGGCCUGGCAGAGUUAACAUUUCCAUUUCCAGCACUAAAGAUAUUGAAAAAUUGUAUUUUAUCUCUGGAAUCUGUUUACAUGCUUUGGUCUAGCUACCUAGGGUAAAUAUUUACAUCUCAUUCAUUGCUCUUGAAGUACUGACUUUUAAUAUGACAGCAAUGUCAAGAUGUUUUGCAGUCUUUCUUCCGUGUCACGUUUCAAGCUUUCUGUUAGCUAUUUGAGUAACAGUUCUAUAGAAUUUCUUUUGCUUAGAUAUGAUUCUCUUCUUGAAAUGCAAUCUUUUGAAUUGCUUUGAGACUUAACAUUUUAUUAAAAAAUUCAAUUCAUGUCCUCUAGAAACAUAGAGAGUCUAUGUGAAAUGUUUUCCUGUCAUGACCAGAAUGUUUACUGCUUAUUGGUUGUGCAUAUUGGGAGAGGACUCUAAGGAUGGGUAGCAAAAUAGGUUUUCCUACUGUCAGAUUUUGUCUCCAUCCUCAUCUUAUGUCUCCAGAGGACUUUGUUUUCAUUUUCUUAGGAUUCUUUUUCUCCUUUCAAGUGUUAUGGUUGAAUAAAAUAGAGGAAGAAAAAAAAAAAAAAAACAAAAAAAAAACAACAAACCCAACCUAAACCAAAACCCUCAUAGCAUGCUUUUUAUGGCAUAUGCUAGUGAUCCAUAUAGUGGAUUUCAGGUUAAAAGCAGGGUGCAACAAGACACAGCCUUUGGGGUGUAACGAGAAGUGGCCCUUGGUCUGUGCUAGAAUAUGCACAUUCUUAGUUCUCUUGCCUCAUUUCGAGUAAGUGUCUUUCAUAUUCAGGUAAGUAAUGUGCAAAACUGCUGGAGUUUAUAGACCUGUUUAUGCCAUGUAUUGAACAUCUGUAACUCCAGCCAUGUUUGCUGGAGUUGAGGCAAUGCUGCCUCACACAGAGCAUCGUGUGGGAUCAGGUGCCUCAGCCUGCCAAGCUCCCCACCCUCUGUCUGCAGCUGCAGAGGAUGUAGUGGUCUGGGGAAGCUACUGCUAAUUUCAAUAUUUAGUUAUUUUCUGUGAAAGAUUUCUACUAGAGUAGUGUAUGGACAGUAUCCUGCCCAUAAUUAUACUCGGAUAUGGCUAAAACAUUCUAUGUGCUGCUGCUUAUGGUGUGAAAACACUCUGCUUCCUGCUUUAUAACCCAGGAGAAAGAAGUCCCAGUGCCAAAGAAGUAAUCCAGAAAUACUUAAGGAGGUAUUAUUGGGCUGCAAUGCUGAGGGAGUUUCACUGCAGAAUUAAGGUCUAAAGGAUAACUUUGCAUGACUAGAGUGUGAUCAAGUGCUGCUGUUAGUUUGAGUGUCAGUGUUUCCAUGGCAAGUGUGGAAUUUAUUUGCUUGCCUUAUUAUGAAAUAUUUAACUUUUCUCUCCUAUGGGUUCAAAUUUAAUAUGUGAAGCUGCCCUAUGUUCAUGGAUCUUUUGACUCAAUAUUAGUUUGAGGUGUCAGAGUUUUUUACAAAUUUAUUGUCAAGAAAAUUAAUGCAUAAUAACUGGGAACAGAUACUUUACUGAACUGCUAGUAAAUCAAAAAGAGAGUAGUGUAGAUGUUAGGCUGAAAAAAAGGGAAUGAACUAAGAAUCUUCUGUUACUGGACAUAUCCACAGAUUUUUUCCAGAUUAUAUAGAUAUAAGCUGUACAGAUAUAAACUGCCAGUGCUGUAUUUUUCUAAAGUGGUUGUGUCAUUCUACAUUCUCUCUUUUGCAAAAUACUAUUAUCAGUCUAAAUAAUCCAAAUCCCCAGUAAAGUUCUAUUUUUUAUAUUGAAAUUCCAUAAAGUUAGCUGUUACUUUAUUCAUGUUUGCCUUUGAGAAAUAAGCUAAAAUUUUUUGUAAAGGAUUUAUAGUAGAGCAGCUAGUAAUAUGCACUUUCAUUUCUUAAUUUUAAAUGUUUUGCAUUUCGCCCAAAUGUAUUUAAGUUGAUAUGUCCAGAGGAAUGAUGGAACUUCCAUUAGCAGAGUCCAUUCAGAUUGAGAAUAUGGUUGUUUGGGUUUUUUUCAUAUUUUAAUUAUGUAACCUUGGAGCAUUUCUGAUUCUACAGAUGAUGCAUGUAUGUAAAACUGUUUGCCGGAUCAGGAUUUUUUAAAAUAAAAGACCUCUUCCCUUCAUGUGGCAUUAACAUUGGGCUAAAAUCAAGGAGUAGGACUUAGCCAGGAUCAAGACCUCAGCAACAACCUCCUGUGGAAUUUAAUGGAAGGCUCAUGUGUGUGAUGUCUACCAUAAGGGCCUUAAUUACAUAUUCUUACUUGUACAUAUAGUAAUCAUCUAUGCAAAUUGGCAUUUUCCUAGGUAAAGUGGGUUAAUGCUUUUCAAACCUCCCUUGGACUUCUCUCAUGUGUCUGUGUUGGUAGUUGUGUUGGGCACUAAUAAAAAAACUGGAGUUUAUUGCUGUAGAGCCAGUAUCUCCAGCUGUUCUGACAGGGACUCAGGUGGAAUUUGGAACCAGUGUGGCUACAGCAGGAAAGGGUGGAAAAAUUUGCAGUUAAACUUCAGGCUGUUCUAGGAAGAUACUCGGAGCUAAGCUUGAAAUUCCAUUCUUUCUCUUCUCCAAGGUGCAAGAGGGUGAGUGGCUGUGCGCCCCUCACACAUAAAACCAUUCACACUUUGGAGAUCCCUGCUACUGCCUAGGCAAAAUAGGGUGAGUAAAAUAUGCAGUGUCUCAUCAGCCUUAAGAAGCAAACAAUUUUUCACAGUUGAAAUGCUAUUUGGAUACAGUGUGGCACUGGCAAUCCAUUUAGAAAAGUCCCAUUUUUAAGCUGAUAAACUAAACAGCAUAAUGUUUAUAAAUGGGAAACCUCAAUAAGCCUUCUUGUUAAUCUCUAUACAGCAGAGGUAAGAGCUUGUUCCCAGUUUAUGUAAAUAAAAGAGUAACCCUGAUUCAAGAAAAUUAUCAUGGUGUAGAAUUUGGAAAUAAAUUAAACAAUCCAACUCCAGGUUUAGUUCUGAUGUGACACCAUCACUACUGCAGGUGAAUAAGUAUCAAAUACCUAACAGUGUGAAUAAAUACCAACUUCUGUAUUGUGACACUUCUUCAUGCAGAGUAUUUUAUGCCACAGAAGGAAUAUUUCUUGUAUGUUAUUCAAUAUGAGUAAACAUACCACAAUCUGGUCUAAAACAGAUCUUUUCUUCCAUAUGUUCCUAUUGUUUCCAUAUGCCCUUUCAGUCAGCUGAAAGCAAUAUAAAAACUAAGACUGAAAAAUAUACUAAUUGAUUGUAAAUAUUUAGGCAGAAAUUUAUAUGCAUAUUGACAUAUAACUAAUAGAUGUACUUGUAUAUACAUACAGAUUUGCAUACUGUGUGUUAUGCAUACACACACACACGACAAGUCUUGACUGUUUUGUUAGUAUUGGUAACAAAUGUCAGUCAUUUCAGUAUGUAUAUUAUCUAUGUAACAGAUGGGUACCCAAGACUUUGCUGACAGGAUUUUAGCACUGUUCAAAUAUUUGUUCUUUAGGGUAUGCCAUGGUCUUCUGACAUCAAGAGAAGUGAGUUAAAUAUGUGGGCUUUGACAUAUUGCUACUUACUGGAGGAAAAAUAUCGAGAAACACUACACUUUGCAAUAAUGAAGUAUGCUUUUAGAACGAACUAUGCUGCUACUGACUUGUGUAUUUGUAAAUAAAAGAAUGAUCCAAUGAAGAAUCCAUCUAUCUUUCUCUUUGGCAUCUUUAAAUGGAUAGUGCCACAAGGGGUUUUUUUCAUAAUAUAAAUGGGCUCAGUUCAAUGUUUGCAAUCAUAUCACUGAAAUUAGUAGUGUUGUUCAGACAUACUCAACUGCUGUUGUGUAGUUGUUCUAAAGUCAAGAAGUGGCAGCAUUGAUAUUUUUUUAUUUUUCUCAUCUUUCUUUGAAUUGAUAAGUUUAUUUCACAGGCUAAAAGGUGUGACUUUGAAAAGUACUUACUCCAGAUUGGAUACUCUCCAUUGAAUUCAUUAGUGAUUUUUCACCAGAGUUAUUUGGACCACAAUUAGGCUUAUAUAACUUCUUUUAGAAACUUUACUUAGUGGAUAGAGGAUGAUAGGAUUUUACCUAUCCAAAAUUCUUUGUCCUCAUCAAACCACCUGAGGGUGAUAUGAGGCCCUUUUCCAUGUACAAGCCCAUGACUAGAAAUCACUGACUAUUGGAACUGAAUCCUUGCCCAGAGGCUUCUGUCAUUUCCAGAGGCUGUGGGAAGUAAGAGAACUUACUCAUCUAUCGAGCUGAAGCCCUUUAAUAAAAAUAUUUUAUUGAAAAUAUAAGUAAAUGUAUUGCUAUUACACUCAAUCCAGUCUAACAGAUAAUGCACCACCAUAACAUUGCUGGUAAUUAAAACAUUGGACAGAGCAUCAGCAGCAGCUUCUUUAAAGAAAUUUAGAUUGCAUUUUAAGGUAUGCCAUCACUGACAGAAGUACCUUAGAUGAAUGCAAGGAUCUAUUUAUGUUAGUAUCAGAGACUGUAUGAUACAACUGUUAAUAUGACAGAGCUAAAUACUUUAGCUUUGGACUCAGACCUCCUUACAUGAUAUGUCAGCCUACCUGGCAGGCUUUCUGGAUUAGUAUUCCCAGCCUGUUCUGACUUCAUACCAUUGAUUCUUCAGUUAGGGGUAAUCAAAGGUCAUUAAUAGAGAAAAGUUCACUUUAAUUGACCCGUUGACUCAUUUUAAUUAUGGCAAUAUAAAAGAGUGUCAGGUGCUAGACCCCUACACAAAUGGUUAGUUAAUAUGCAGAUUCAUCCUGGCAGUAACACUGCCUGGAUCCCAUUAGCUCUAGCUAAGGGCUGUAGAAGAGUUUCCUACUUUAUCUCUCAAGCUGAAGAAAUAGGGGGAAAAAAAA